AAAAAAUGUGGCUGAGGAAGGACCAACCGAAAAGGAUAAAUCUUCUUCAACAUUCAUCUUCUUCUCUGUUUUCCUCAAAGCUCCCUCCUUUCAAUGGCGACUCUAAGCUUCAACACCACUCGUAUGCGAACACCUUCGCUUCCAAGACUCCCUAGAUCCUCUUCUUUCACAAAACCCAUCAAAACCCAUCUCUCCUCCCAAACCUUAUCCAAACGCCGCCGUUUCGUCUCUCGUUCCUUACCCGAGAGCUCACUGUCCAUUGCAAAGGAAGAAACUGAAGUGGUGGAAGACGAUGAUCCAACCUCUGAGCUGAGUUAUCUCGAUCCGGAAACCGACGCAGAGAGCAUAAAAGAGUGGGAGCUGGACUUCUGCUCGAGGCCGAUUCUGGAUUCCAGGGGGAAGAAGAUAUGGGAGCUUGUGGUCUGCGAUGCUUCGCUCUCGCUUCAAGUCACAAAGUACUUCCCCAACAACGUCAUCAACAGUAUUACACUCAAAGACGCUAUUGUUUCCAUUACGCAAGACUUGGGUGUUCCUCUUCCUGAAAAGAUUCGCUUCUUCAGGUCACAGAUGCAAACCAUUAUCACAAAAGCUUGCAAAGAGCUUGCUAUAAAGGAAGUGCCUAGUAAACGGUGUCUGUCUCUGUUUCUAUGGUUGCAAGAACGUUAUGACACUGUGUACACGCGUCACCCCGGUUUCCAGAAGGGAUCUUUGCCUCUGCUAUCUCUAGACAAUCCCUUUCCAAUGAAUCUUCCUGAGAAUUUGUUUGGGGAGAAAUGGGCGUUUGUUCAGUUACCUUACUCAGCCGUUAGAGAAGAGAUCUCAGACUUUGAUGAGAAGUUUGUGUUUGGUGCAACCUUAGACUUGGAUCUGCUCGGCAUUGACGUUGAUGAGAACACACUGAUCCCUGGUCUCUCCGUUGCUUCUUCACGUGCAAAACCUCUAGCAGCUUGGAUGAAUGGUCUUGAGGUAUGUUCGAUCGAAGCAGACAGUUCUAAAGGAUGUUUGAUUCUGGCCGUUGGGAUCUCGACAAGAUAUGUGUACGCAACCUACAAGAAAACACCUGUUACUACUGAUGAAGCUGAAGCUUGGGAAUCUGCAAAGAAAGCAAGUGGAGGUUUGCAUUUUCUUGCGAUUCAAGAUGACUUGGAUUCUGAUGAUUGUGUUGGGUUUUGGCUUCUUAUUGAUUUGCCACCACCUCCUGUUUAAUUUCACUUUGAUAAAAAUUGGUAAUAACCAUGUUUUGCUAUUUAGUAACAAAUUAGAACUGUGGAUUUGUCUCACAAUAUUAAAAGAAAUCUGUUACAUGA